UUUUAGCUCGUGAGUCCGACGUCUGCUUCCUCGAGGUUUCAUUCAGCUCUUGUUAAAAGGCCGUUUGAGCCGUGCGUUGUCGCCCAGAUCAUAUGGUCUUGAACCGCACAAGUAGCCCGCCCUUCUGCACAUCGUCUGCAUUUUAGGCGCUUCCAAGAGCGUCUUGCAUCAUUGAGCAUCGGAGCGACGCCGCAGUUGAACCAUAAAAUCAAGCUGCAUGGAGAAAGACCAAAACCAGCAACCAGCUGCUGGAGCCCAGUCCAUGAGCAGAAGUCCUCCCGGAACCAGCAGUGGCAUCAAGAGGAACAAGAAAGCCUGCACUGAGUGUCGCCAGCAAAAGGUCUAGCGAUGCAUCUGCGGCCAUACCCCGGGAACAAGCUGACCAUUGUCUCAGGUACGAUGUAAUGCGACCACUGAGUCCAGCGAGCCAUGCAACCGAUGUCGAAAGAUGGGCUUGCAAUGCAUCAUAUCUGAUCCUUUCAAGCGCGAGCACAAACGACAGUAAGUAUUCGUUGCCAGUCAGACCUUGAAUCUGAAUCCAUCUCACUCAGAGGAUCCAUAGACGGCUGUCAGAAUUGGAAAAUGAGACCCAGGAACUUCGAAGGAGAUUGAGCCAACGUGAAUCAUGGGCUGGACCACCAAUCGUGACGCCACCUGCCACCCUCGAGGCUGGUAUGCAGCGGAUGCCGCCGAUGCAGAAUGGGCAUUCUGUGCCACCAACGCGCGUCCAGACCUUGGUAUCACCGCCUACGACAGAAACAAAUGAAGAGCAGCCACCACCAACCCCUUUGCUUACCCAAUCUCAAUCGCUCGAGGGUGUGACUUUGCCUCCGAACGUGAUUGACGAACUGUUCAAAGUAUUUUUUGACCACUUCCACCAGUUUAUACCAAUACUAGAUACUCAUCUUGUUCCCAAUGAAGUUUAUCAAAAGUCGCCAUUUCUUUUUUGGGCCAUCACCGGAACUGCAUCCCGAAACUUCCAAAAAGAUCCUACCCUUUUUGAUUGUCUUGGAGAUAAAGUCCUCGACAUGGCUCUUAUGGGACUUCGAAAACCCCAGAUUCCCACUAUUGAAGGCCUGCUACUUAUCCUGACCUGGCCAAUACCUCGCUCUGCCGGGACUACGGACGUGACGUAUGCCAUUGCUGGAUCACUCUUACAUAUGGCCAUUCAAAACGGACUACACAUUCCUACCUCAAGUCAAGACUUUUCACGUGUCAAAGUUAAUCUUACAGAUGCUGAAAUAAAGAAGAGAGCCGUGCUGUGGGGAUAUUGCGUACUUACUUAUCAGAGGACAUGCGCGCUAAAAGGCCACGCACCGCUCGCACUUGUUGAGACAUAUCAGGAUGUUGACCAGCGCCAAGCUCUGUUUUCGCGAAUCACUCCGACCUUAAGGUUUCAGCUGAAACUGAAUAGUAUGGUCGUUCGAUGCACAUCUGCUGUAUUGCAAAACGGACUUCGUUCCAUGUCGAAAGAUCAAGAACACAGCUUGGACGUUCUAAUUCGGGUUUUCGAGGCAUCGAUGCGAGACAUUGAACGAGAAACAACGUCAGAAUUGGAUACGUUUUACCUCUAUGUUGCUCGCUUGUCGAUCCAAGCCUUCCAUCUAUACAGGACUCCAUCGAAGACUUUCCCGACAUUUCUAUUAACUCGAAUGUAUACGAGCGCUUGCCUUGUUCUUCGCCACAUAGACCGCAUGGAUAGUGAGGGUAUGAUUCGUCUGGCUGCCGCACCUUGGUUCUUUGUGUUCGCAACAUCCCUGUCCACGUUUAUCAUACUCCGUCUGUUGAAAGCGUCGACAGCUAGCUAUCUCGAUGAUUCAGCCAAGGAUACGUUCUUCUUGGGCGUGAACAUCAUGAAGCGGCUCUCGGCAGAAAGCAAUGAUAUGCCAGCUCGGCUCACAAUCAUGCUAACCCAGCUGUGGAACAGCGAAAAGGCUUUCAAAAGCGCCGAUGGCUCGGAAAGCAUCCAUCUACGUAUCAGAACACGUCUGGUCAUGGGUCCUGUCUUCGAUGCUAUUUGGUGGUGGCGCGAAGAAUUUGGCGGUCAACCAGGUGCAUACGACGCAGCAUCCACCAAGGUCGGCGUCCCCGAGCCUGCCGUACAAGUUGAAACUUCUAAUACUGCUGAAACAACAAAUCUGCCCGUAAAUUCAUUCGAAAGUGGUAAUAACAAGAACAAUUCUCUGCCAGGCCAGUUUCAUGAGAUUACAAAUUUCCUCGACGACCAGUUCCUAGCCGAACUGGGCUGGACGACGAAUGCGAAUUAUCUAUACCAGCCAGGUAUGUUUGGAGGCUUUGGUAGCGAGAAUUGGUACAGCCCGACGGAUCUCAAUGGCUUCGCUGUGUGAGAAUGCGAUCAGAUUGUCAGGCUGAACUUAAGUGGUAAUUUUUGCCGAUAACGGCAUUGUCACAUCAUAUGAUUCCCUCAGAAGUGGACGUCUUAACGACUGGCGAAAUCAUGUUCGACGACUCGGCGUAGGUCGUCGUGCAUGAGCGAACGGACUCGCUUUGAUGGUCGCUGCAAGCCCUAGCUGACUCGGAUGAUGAGUUGGCUGUUUGGAGAUGAGAUCAACUCGAUCCAAAAUUCUCAGGAAUGCACAAGGCACCUACUUGUGCUAAGGACGCCGAAAUGGCGAAAGAAGAUAUCCAACCCAAGCCGUAGGCCCAAUGGUCAUCAAAUUGCCCCUCUUACUCGGGUCCAUUUUGAUCCCAUCCUAGUUGAAAAGUGGCAUCCAGAAAAGCCGGAACCGGCGCGCUAAUAACGAAGUUGGAUGAUUACAUUCUUUCAAUAAACUUUGUCAAGAACAGUGGUUGGGAGGCAGUUUGCCACUUCUUGCAUCUAGUGUCAAAUAAUUACAAUAAACUAUAUCGUACAA